AUGAAACCAUCAGUACCCGAGGAAGCUUCAUUAAAUCCAGAUUUAUAUGGUUUAAGAAGAUCACAUAGAGAAAGAAAAGGUCCGGCGGUAAUUGAAUCAGACUCGGAUUCUGAUGAUGUACGACCAACAAGAAAAAAGAAAACUCAUCAGGAUUAUGAAGAUGAUAUGGAGUUAGAUUUAGAUGAUGAUGAAGAAGAAGAAUUUGAUGACGAAGAUGAUGAAUUUGAUGACGAAGAUGAUGAAUUUGUAGUUGGAAAUAAACCUGUAAAGAAAAAAUCAAUAUCUAAACCAAAAAGAAAACUUCACAAAAAGAAGAUACAAACAUCUGUUAGUCCCGAAAUACCUCCUCAAGAAUUAAGGUUUUCAACAAGGAAUAAUAAACAAAUAAAUUAUACAGUUGAUGACGGUAAUGAUGAUGAUUUAUUAGAGUCAGAUCAAGAAGAAGAUGAAGAUGAAGAAAAUGGAAAUUAUUACUAUUAUCAACAAGCAAUAGAACCUGAAAAUGAAAGAGGAAUUGAUUUGGUAAUGGAUCAUAAAUUGAAUCCAGAAAAUGCUGAGAUAACAAAUGAACCAAGGUUGGAUUACCUUUUCAAAAUCAAAUGGACCGACGCGUCUCAUUUACAUAAUACUUGGGAAACUUUUUCAGAUUUGAAAGACUAUAAAGGAUUCAGAAAACUCGACAAUUACAUAAAACAAUUUAUAAUAUAUGAUAACGAAGUCCGAAAUGAUCCGUUAACUACAAAAGAAGAUUUAGAAGCUAUGGAUAUUGAACGAGAAAGACGAAGAGAUGAACAAGAAGAUUACAUGCAAGUUGAAAGAAUUGUAGAUAGUCAAAGAGUUGAAAAAGAUGAUGGUGAAACUAAAUUAGAAUAUUUUGUUAAAUGGAGGCGACUUUAUUAUGAUGAAUGUUCUUGGGAAGAUGCUGAAGAAAUUGCAAGAUUAGCUCCCGAUCAAGUAACUAAAUUCCAACAAAGAUUAAACUCUAAAAUACUACCUCAUUUAUCAGCAAAUUAUCCAAAUUCCCAAAGACCAAGAUUUGAAAAAUUAGUCAAACAACCUAUGUUUAUUAAAAAUGGAGAAUUAAGAGAUUUCCAAUUGACUGGAUUAAAUUGGAUGGCUUUCCUUUGGUCAAGAAAUGAAAAUGGGAUUUUAGCUGAUGAAAUGGGUUUAGGUAAAACAGUACAAACAAUAGCAUUUUUAUCAUGGUUAAUUUAUGCAAGACGACAAAAUGGACCUCAUUUAGUAGUAGUUCCUUUAUCAACUAUACCUGCAUGGCAAGAAACUUUUGAAAAAUGGUCUCCAGAUAUUAAUUGUGUUUACUAUUUAGGAAAUAGUGAAGCUAGAAAGACCAUUAGAGAAUAUGAAUUUUAUACUACUAAUGGAAAACCAAGAUUUAAUGUUCUUUUAACAACUUACGAAUAUAUUUUAAAAGAUAGAAAUGAAUUAGGAUCUUUCAAAUGGCAAUCCUUAGCAGUUGAUGAAGCACAUAGAUUGAAAAAUGCAGAUUCAUCACUUUAUGAAUCAUUGAAAAGCUUUAAAGUUGCCAAUAGAUUAUUAAUCACCGGUACUCCAUUACAAAAUAAUAUAAAAGAAUUGGCUGCUUUAUGUAAUUUUUUAAUGCCUGGUAGAUUUAAUAUAGAACAAGAGAUAGAUUUUGAAACACCAGAUGAAGAUCAAGAACAAUAUAUCAAAGAAUUACAGAAAAAUAUCAAACCUUUCAUAUUAAGGCGAUUGAAAAAAGAUGUUGAAACGUCUUUACCUUCUAAAACAGAAAGGAUUUUACGUGUUGAAUUGUCUGAUAUUCAAACUGAUUAUUAUAAAAAUAUUAUCACCAAAAACUACGCUGCAUUAAAUGCAGGUAACAAAGGUUCUCAAAUUUCAUUAUUAAAUGUUAUGAGUGAAUUGAAAAAGGCAUCAAAUCAUCCUUAUCUAUUUGAUGGUGCUGAAGAUAGAGUUUUAUCAAGAGCCGGGUCAUCCAAUAGAGAAAAUAUCUUGAAAGGUAUGGUUAUGUCUUCUGGAAAAAUGGUAUUAUUAGAACAAUUGUUAACAAGGUUGAAAAAAGAAGGUCAUAGAGUUCUAAUAUUUUCUCAAAUGGUUCGAAUGUUAGAUAUUUUGGGAGAUUAUAUGUUUAUAAAAGGUUAUCCAUUUCAAAGAUUGGAUGGAGGUAUACCAUCAUCUCAAAGAAGAAUCUCAAUUGAUCAUUUUAAUGCACCAGAUUCAAAAGAUUUUGCAUUUUUAUUAUCCACAAGAGCUGGUGGAUUAGGUAUAAAUUUAAUGACAGCUGAUACAGUUAUUAUAUUUGAUUCAGAUUGGAAUCCUCAAGCUGAUUUACAAGCAAUGGCUCGUGCUCAUAGAAUUGGUCAAAAGAAUCAUGUACUGGUUUAUAGAUUUGUUAGUAAAGAUACAGUUGAGGAACAAAUUUUAGAAAGAGCUAGAAAGAAAAUGAUUUUAGAAUAUGCUAUUAUUUCAUUAGGAAUAACUGACCCCAAUGCAAAAAAGAGUAGUAAAACUGAACCAUCAAGUAAUGAAUUAUCUCAAAUAUUAAAAUUUGGUGCAGGUACAAUGUUUAAAGAUAACGAUAAUCAACUGAAAUUAGAAAAUUUGAAUUUAGAUGAUGUUUUAAAUCAUGCAGAAGAUCAUGUUACAACACCUGAAUUAGGUGAAUCAAAUUUAGGUUCAGAAGAAUUUUUAAAACAAUUUGAAGUUACUGAUUAUAAAGCUGAUAUUGAAUGGGAUGAUAUUAUUCCACAAGAAGAAUUAACAAAAUUAAAAGAUGAAGAAAAGAAAAGAGCAGAUGAAGAAUAUUUACAAGAACAAAUUGCAAUGUAUUCGAAGAGAAGAGCUGCUGUUACUAAAUAUGAAAAUGGUUCAGUUGUACCUAGUGAUGUUGAAGAUAGUGGUGAAGAACCAGGUAUUAAAACAAAAAGAAGAGGUGCUAUUGAUCAUCAAUUAUCUGAAAAGGAAAUUAGAGGAAUUUAUAGAUCUAUAUUAAGAUGGGGUGAUUUAACUGGAAAAUGGGAACAAUUAGUCGAAGAAGGUACAAUUUCAAAUAAAAAUCCAGUAUAUAUAAAACAUGCUUACAAUGAAAUAGUUAGUACAGCAAGAAAAUUAGUUAAAGAAGAAGAAAUUAGAAGAGCUGAAGCUUUAGCUGAAUUAGAAAGAAAAGCAAAAGAACCUAAAAAGGAAGAUGAUCCUAAACAAACAGCAUUAUGGAUUGCAAAAAAGAAAGAGAAAAAAGCUGUUUUAUUUGAAUAUCAAGGUGUUAAAAAUAUUAAUGCUGAAAUUAUUUUAAAUAGACCAGUUGAUAUGAAAGCAUUAGCGAAAAUUAUACCUAAAGAUGAUCCAUUACAAAUUAAAUUACCAAAACAACCAAAAGCUGUACAAGCAUGGACUUGUGAAUGGACAGCAAAAGACGAUGCAAUGUUAUUAGUUGGUGUUUAUAAAUUUGGUUAUGGAUCUUGGGUUCAAAUUAGAGAUGAUCCAUUAUUAGGUUUGCAAAAUAAAUUAUAUUUGGAAAAUACACCUUCUUCGAAAGAAUCAAAGGAAGACAAAGCUAGUAAGGAUGCUACAAAGAAAGUACCUGGGGCCGUUCAUUUGGGAAGAAGAAUGGAUUAUUUAUUCAACUUGAUAAGAGAUGACGGCGAUUCAGCUCCUGAACCAAUUACAACAACUACUAAAAAGAGAGGUAGAAAACCCGCCGAAUCUACCAAUAAAAAAAGAUCAAUAUCUAAAUCAGAAACACCAGAAAUCAAUACGAGAAAUGUAAAAGCCAAAAAGACACCAUCUCACGAUAGUAAAAGACCUACACCAAUUCCACAUUCUAAAAAAUCAACUUCAUCUUCAAAUUUAAAACAUGAAAGUAGUAAUAGUUCAACCAAAAUCAAUAAAGAUCACGAAACUCAUAUUAAAAAAGAAUCAUCACAUACUGAACACAGUAAUAACUCACAUCAAAAUGGAAACGGUAAACAUAAUGAUUAUGAAUAUGAUAGCAUGGAUGAAUCAAAAUGUAAAUCAGUUUUAGCACCAGUUUAUAAAUCAUUAAAAAAUUUACAAAAAGGAAGUAAAGGAUUAGAUAAACACGAAUGGGCAAAAAUUUUAAAAACUGAAUUAAUAAAUGUUGGUGAUGAAAUUGAAAAAUCAAUUGAAAAAUCAAUUGAAAAAAUUAAAAAUGAAGAAGAAUCUAAAAAAUUUAAAAAACAUUUAUGGUCAUUUGCUGGAUCUUAUUGGCCAAGUAAAGUUCCAAGUAAUAAAAUUAGUGAAAUGUAUAAAAGAAUUAAGAAAUCUUGA